GAUUCCUCUCUGAUGCUUAGCACAGCCCCUGUCUGUGCCCUCUCACCUGUUUCUUCACCUACCCAAUCUAACAUGGAGUACUGCCUUAACCCAAACUCUCCCAAUUCCCCUCUUCAAACAACUACGCCGCCUCCAUGAGCUCCAUCACGGUGCUUCGCUGGUGCUGGCGCCUUGUUCUCCGCUCUUCCCCUUGUCUUCUUCGCGCUCUAUCCUUCACCACCGCCUCCGACAACCCUAUGCUGCCUCUACAGGCGACUUCUCCAUCUCCGGCAUCCUUCUCGCCAGGCGGACGGACGGUUGGUUUGCUUAUGGAAGGUGGAUUUGUUGGUGAGUGAGUGACCAUGCAGUGGAGGCAUCCUCCGCGGGGGCUAAGGUGAGGCAGAUUCGCCGGGGACAUGGAGUCAUGCGUCUGCGCGUGCGCGUGGCCAACUGCGCCUACCGUGGUGGCACUCUUCGCCACCGGUUAUGAAGAAGGGGUGGCUGAGGCGCCUCAUGAUGUCGAUCCCAUGAGGGAGGCCACCUGUUGCUUUCCAAUUUUUCUGCUGGGUCACGCAUGAAUAGCCAAGACAAUAAUCUUAAAAAUUUCUUUCAGACAAAUGGGCAUGUGGUUUUUCAAAGAGUGGAGAACAACUGUAGCCUAAGAUAUUUUACGGAAAAUGAGAUACGGCAAAUCACCCGUGGUUAUAGCAUUUUACUGGGAAAAGGUUCAUUCGGUAAAGUCUACAAAGGAAUGCUGGAUGGUCGAUGCCCUGUUGCUGUGAAGCGAUACAUACAUGGAACCCGGAAAGAGGAGUUUGCCAAGGAGGUGAUAGUACAUUCUCAAAUAAAUCACAAGAAUGUUGUUCGACUUUUGGGCUGCUGCACGGAGGAAAAUGCUCUAAUGAUCGUUAUGGAGUUUAUCUGUAAUGGGAACCUGAAUGAUAUCCUUCAUUGCAGCAACACAAAUGGACGUGUUCCUUUCUCUUUGGGCAAACGUUUAGACAUUGCCAUUGAGGUUGCUGAAGUGCUCUGGUGCAUGCAUUCAAUGUAUAAUCCCGUUCUCCAUGGUGACAUCAAACCUGCUAAUAUACUUGUGGAUGAAAAUCUUUCACCAAAGCUAUCUGAUUUUGGAAUAGCAAGAUUGCUUUGUGCUAAUGGGGCUCAACAUACUAACAAUAUCAUUGGAUCUAUAGGUUAUGUUGAUCCUGCAUUCUGCAUGAAUGGAAUUCUAACCCCAAAGAGUGAUGUUUACAGCUUUGGAGUGGUUUUGCUGGAAAUCAUCACCAGAAAAAAAGCAGUGGAUGGGACCAUCACCCUUGCUCAGCGUUUCACUGAGGCUGUUGAACAAGGGAAGAAGGUGAUGCAUUUGUUUGACGAGGACAUCAACAAUACAAAAAACAUGAACUUCCUCGAAGAUAUUGGCAAGUUAGCAGUUAAAUGCUUGAGGAGGGAGGUUGAAGUGCGUCCUGAAAUGGUUGAAGUAGCAACUAGUCUAAGAAUGAUUAGGAAAGCUCUAGAGGAAGAAGAGGGAAAUCUGAUUCAGCAGAACAUAAGUGCACCAAGCAACUCAAUUCCUUCAAAGAAUGUGAAGUCAUCAGCACAGCAAUUUGGCAAUCUAAAAAUCUUUAAACAAGAGGAAAUUAAGCUUAUGACAAAAAACUACAGCAUGAAAUUUAGGGAAGAGUUCUGUGAACGGCUGUACAAUGGAGUCAUUGGCACAACACAUGCAGUUAUAGUAAAGCAAGUGAGAACAUCUUCAGAAAGUGACAGAAUGAUGUUUCUGAAGACUAUGAGCAUACUGUCUCAGAAGUAUCACAAAAAUAUUGCCAAUGUUGCUGGCUUCCACUUAGGGGAUUCCAUUUCAGAGUGUGUGUAUGAAUCUUGCUGUGAUUUAUCCCAGGGAAAUGACGGCCAUGUUUGCUUCUGUAACCGAAACCUUUAUGACAUUAUCUGCACCAGGGAAAAACUCCCCCUUCAUCUACGUUUAUCAAUAGCCGUCCAGUGUGCAGAGGGCCUGGUUCAUAUCCAUUCAUUGUUAGCUGAAAAUCCUGAUUCACAUUCUACAGGCCUCUUGGGAAACUUCAGGUCGAUCAAUAUUUUUCUGGACAAGAACUUCGUGCCAAAAGUCUUCAAUUCUAAUUUAUCAACAUUUCUUGGGCUUUCAGUCAUGCAGAAACAUACCGCCUCUGUCGAUCGUCCUAAUGACCAAAGAUCACAAAUAUAUUAUUUAGAUGGAAGGGAUAUUUCUGGUCAGCUGUUCAAUCCCAAGUCUGAUGUUUAUAGCUUUGGAGCUGUUCUUUUGGAACUCAUCACUUGGAAGACAGUGAGAUACAUGUCUAGUGGAAGAGUUCACAUGCUUACCAAAGACUUCCUUGAUACUUAUAGAAUAGACCAUAGUGCAGCGAUAUCUUUUGGCAAGAAGGUUUAUGAUGAGCAAGCUCAGAGUAUUAGAAGCAAACUCAUCAUGGCUACACAAACAAAAGCUAGUGGUGACAACAAACCAAACCAACAUGUAGCCCCUCCCCUUACCAAGAAGUUUGUCAAAACUCCACCAACUAUUGUAUCGAUCAUUCCCCUGAACAUAUUGGAGAAGAUAACUAGCAACUUCAGUAAUGAUGCCCUAAUAGGAGAGGGCCCAGACGCCAGAGUUUUCUUUGGAGAGCUUAGUGAUGGGCAGAAAUCUGCAAUAAAGAAGCUUGAUCCUAAUGAAAAAAUUGUAGUGCAGGUUUUGACCAUUUCAAGAAUGUUGAAGCAUGACAACAUUGUCCAAAUUCUUGGAUAUUUUAUUGAAGGGGAAAAUCGUGUUCUUGCUUAUGAGUAUGCACCAAAGGGUUCCUUGCACGAUAUUCUUCAUGAGGGUGUCAGAGGAGCCCAGCCAGGAACACCUCUAUCAUGGGAGCAGCGAGUGAAGAUUGCUCUAAGUGCUGCAAAAGGGCUUGAGUUCCUCCACGAGAAGGCUGUGCCUCCUGUCAUCCACACCAACAUCAGGUCCAACAACAUAUUUAUCUUUGGCAAUGAUGUUGCAAAAAUAGGUGACCUCGGCGUCUCCAAGCAGCUUUAUCCUGAAAGUGAUAAUGACUACUACAAUACCCGACUAUAUCCUCUGCGCAGUUUUGGCUAUGAUGCAAUUGCACCAGAGUGUAGGAGGACAGGACAGUAAAGUGUAAAGAGCGAUAUCUACGCUUUGGGGCUGUACUGUUGGAGCUUUUAACUGGUCGCAAAGUAGUUGAUUAUUCACUUCCGCGUUUCCAGCAGAGCCUCAUAACAUGGGCUACACCAAGGCUUAGUGAAGACAAGGUGAAGCAAUGCGUAGAUCCAAAGCUUGGAGGAGCAUUCCCACUCAAGGCUGUUGCCAAGAGCCUAGAUCUUUCAAGGAUUGAUCGGAUCAUCCAGCGCUCCCUUGGAUCACCUCAUGCGAAAAAAAAAAUGUCUUUCCAAUGCUUCCUUUGCCCACCGUCAAGCUGGUGUCGGAGUCCAGCGUGUUGAAGGUAGAGGAGAGGUCGGUGGUGGAACAAGGGGCUGAAGGCCAUUUCGGAGGGGAAGCUAGCCGUUAUCCUUUUAGCCGGUGGAGACUUGGCCUGGCAGCUCUGAUCCUAAAGGGUGUUUCGUUCAACAUCUGGUGGGAUAAUCGAUAGAGCUAUAUAUGCAGAGGAUAGGACAUGGUGACUUUAUGAAAUUGUCUGUAACAGUGAAAUAUCUUGGAAUAUAUGUCGAUUACUUAAGAUCUUGUUGAAGGAUAUCUGGAAUUGGCUGCAGAGACAAUCAUUUUUGUGGCAGUCAUGCCCGGGUAGGGUGUAGAGUACUGCAUUACAGUGGAUGUUGAUCUACAUGUAAGUAUAGGUGUUUGAACUACUGCCCUCUAAUUUAGCAUCAUCUUGAGUCUUUUUUCUCCAUGCUUAAAUUUAAUUUGUUCAUAGUUCAGACAUUUCAUCUUUAUUAAAUUAAAUUUAUGCUAAGUAUUUGGCAUACAAACUGUACACUCUAAGUUGACAAAUCUCAUAUAUGCUAUUAUCUCCAAAGAUGUUGCUUCCAAAGAUAAAAACUCAAAAUCUUUAGAUUUUAAAAUUCUAUCUCAAAUCUAGUGGGACUGCACUCAACUUAGUUGAUUUGUGAUUGUUUGGUGAAACAAUGUAGUUUUUCAAAUAAUUAUACUUAACUUAUCACCUAUGUAUAGCUUACUGCAAAGCAUAACUCAUGUAUUUCAGUAUUGCAUUUCUCCUUGCUUUUCACCAAAUAAUAUAUAGUACUUGAACUCUAUAGUUUCCCGUCCUGAAUUUGACAAGAAUAAGCUAAAAUUACGGGUAAAGUUUGCUUUGGAGUGUAAAUUUGCUAUUCUGCCAUAGAUUUAUAGUUACAGCUGGGAGCUAUUUCUAGACAGUCAACUCUCCUGAAAAUCGAUUCAUAUUCCAAAGGCAAGGCAUCAGGUAUACCUAACCUCUCUUUCUAUCUAAAUUGAUUUGCUUUCUUCCCAGGAUAUAAUCAAAUACAAACAAUUACAAAUAACAAAAUACGGAGUAACACAAAGGCAGUUACUAAAGACUCCCUAUAGUGUUGUCACUCGCAUUUUAGCAUAGCGAUCUCCCACGGACAAAGUUGUGCUGAAACACGGUCUACAUCUAUCAUAUAGUGCUGCAGCAUAUGACCUCAUAAAAUUUUCAGCCCUACCACCCACCAACAACAGAAGAUAUUCACUAAGUCGCUUCAGUGCUACACGUUCUAGCAAUGCCUACGAACAUCUAUAGACAUUGUUAUUCAUUUACAUCAUCUGCAUCUUCCCAUCCAAUGAAAACUCACAUACAAAUAUAUUCGUGCAGGUAACCGCGGGCGUACAUUUAGGGAGCUGUGCUUUUGCGAAAAAAAAUGUCCAGCCCACAACUGAUCUAAAAAAGUACAUCGAAGCUAUUAAGCGGUUCCUACACCAUUCAAGCAGCUUCUAUGCUGUAACCAUCAACAGCACAUUCAUCAAGCAAGAUAGAGUUUACUUUACAAAGGAAUUUUCACAGAACUACAUAAAACCGCUAAUGGAAGGUAAAAAACCGUCGACACUGAAGUACAAGUAGCAGGAGGUAUUUCAACCAGCAUGAUCCUCCACGUUUCAACAGAUGACCGUUGCAACUUGAAGAAAGGGUGGACAAAGUUCGCAGCACAGAUGACAUAGCUCUCGGAUCAGUUUGCAUCUUCCAUUUCUACAGGACAACCUGCCUGGAGGUUACUAUUGAUGUCCUGUGAAGACCAUAUGGGCAUUCAUAGCUAUCUUAUGAUCAUGCUUCUGCUGCCAGUAAACAAGCUGAUCACUAUCAGGAUCGGCCGCUUCCCUCCCCUGGAAUUGUUACCAUGCUUAUUAGUUCUACACCUUAGGUGCUUACUAUCCAUAGUGCACUAGCUUGGACAUUUUAAGAAACGUCUGUGUAUAUCCAUGUUGCUGCUAAAGACUACUAGAUAUCGGUAUGCCUAUAACUGUUUGGCACUGCAGUUUACUUCUAUUUCACUUCCUGCUUUCUUGCUCUCUUUUUUAAC